CCCUCCUUUACCUCAUAGCCGUGCUGACCUGUUUGACCUGAGCAACGACCAAGAGCUGAACCUUGCCUACAUUUCUUCUGUUCCACAUGGUGGCAUUGAACAAGUUCGGAUCCACUGGUUACUGGAAUUAGUUGCUCUUAGAGUGGUGAAUGGCAAACUUAACUACAAUUUUACUGCCUUGGAUAAACUUAUGGACCGGCUGUGGGAAAAUAAGUUGAUUCCAGGAUUUGAAUUGAUGGGAAAUCCAUCAGGAUAUUUUUUAGAUUUUGAAGAUAAAGAACAUGUGGUACAGUGGAGAAACUUAAUUACUGUUCUGGCAAGGAGAUACAUAGAUAGGUAUGGAUUGGAGCAUGUUGCUAAAUGGAAUUUUGAGACCUGGAAUGAACCAGACCACCAUGACUUUGACAAUGUGUCUAUGACAGUAAAAGGGUUUCUCAACUAUUAUGAUGCUUGUUCAGAAGGAUUAAGAGCAGCCAGUCCUUUUCUAAAAUUUGGAGGGCCUGGGGAUUCCUUCCAUCCCUUACCAAAGUCACCCAUGUGCUGGAGUCUUCUGUGUCAUUGCUACAAUGGGACCAACUUCUUCACAGGGGAGACUGGUGUAAGGCUGGAUUACAUCUCUCUCCAUAAGAAGGGAGGUGGGAAUUCUCUCUACAUCUUGCAACAAGAAGUAGAAGCAGUUCAACAAAUUCAGAAGCUGUUUCCAGGUUUUUCUUCUGUUGCAAUAUAUAAUGAUGAAGCAGAUCCAAUGGUUGGAUGGUCCAUUCCACAGCUCUGGCGAGCUGAUGUGACGUAUGCAGCGAUGGUUGUAAAGGUAAUCAUCCAGCACCAAAACCUGCUCAUUUCCAAAGCCAACAACACCAUCAACUACUCGUUGCUCAGUAAUGACAAUGCCUUCUUGAGCUACUACCCUCAUUACUUCACCCAGCGGACUCUGACAGCACGUUUUCAGAUGAACAACACAAAGCCACCUCAUGUCCAGAUGGUGCGGAAACCAGUGCUGACUGCCAUGGGCUUGCUGGCACUGCUAGGAGAAGAGCAGAUUUUUGCUGAAGUGAAGAUCAGUGGAGAUGAAAGCGCUCAAAAUAGCACAGUUGGAGUGCUGGCAUCUGUGCACACCCCAAGUGAGACACAGCCCUCAGAUAGCUGGCAAGCUACAGUACUGAUGUAUUCAAGUGAGGAUAACAGGACUUCAUCUAACAUCAGCACGGUCACAGUGAAUGCCACCCACUUCCCCAAACAUAGAGAGAUGGUAUAUGUGACAUAUUACAUGGAUAACAACGAAACCAAUCCCUAUCUGAAGUGGAAGAACCUAGGAAGCCCUGACUUUCCUUCUCCAGAGCAGUUCCAGCAAAUAAGGGAUGCUGAGGACCCACUGGUAACAGAUCCAUUUCCAUUUCCUGAAGCUGGCAUCCUGACACUGAAGCAAGACUUUCCCGUUCCCUCAGUCUUUCUUAUCCACAUCUGUGCAAGACCCAGAUCAGCUCCUGAUCAAGUGACUGGUGUUCAUUUGAUCCCUCUCACAAAGGGGCAGGUCACUGUGCUGUGGGAUGACGACUAUGUUAAGUCAAAGUGUAUAAAGACAUUUGAAGUGGAAUUCUCAUCAGAUGGAAAAGUGUACCAGCGGAUUAAUGCCAAAGACACAAUAUUCACUCUCUGGGUCUACAGUCCAGGAAGCUCAGUCUCCGGCUUUUACAGAGUGCGUGCCGUUGACUACUGGGGGAAGGCAGGCCUGCCCUCUCUUCCCGUGGGGUACAUUGAAGCUUUCAAGUGACGCUGAAGAGUGGUGCCUGGCUUGGUGUCAGAGUGGUGUAUGUUCCUUGCUAAUGACAACUUCCCAGAAAAAUAAACUCCUCCCAGGCUGAGGAGGGUGUAUGGUAACGACCUGAUGAAGUUAGGAACACAAGUUAGAAGCAAUUGCCCCUGUUAACUCUUCACAGCACAAAAGACAGCAUUAUCAAACAACUGCAACUGCAACUGGUAAGAGGCUACAGUAGGACAGGGAUUCAGCCUGGAUAACUAGGAAUUAUGGGAAUACAUAUUUAUUAUUCCCCCUUUUUCAUUGAGCUAACAGUCAGGGCAAGCUAAGAUUUUUAGAGGUCACAAACUGUAGCAGGAACAGAACCCUGGCUUCACUGUGUGGGUGAGGAUGGUAGCAAGAACAGAACCCUGGCUUCACUGUGUGGGUGAGGAUGGUAGCAAAGGCACAUGGAGGACCUGUCUGAGAGUGACUGCCUGAGCUGCUAGCCAGUCUUGACUUAAUGGUUUGAUGGAAAAGUGCACAGUGACAAGAGCAUGCACAUUCAGAGCAUGAAGUAAAGGAUCCCUUAGUUCCUUUGGCUGGUUAGUCACAGUGGGUUAUUUCAGAAUGCUUGCCACCUCUUCAGGUGUAUGAGGUUUUUCACUCUCUCACAAAGGUGUUUCCACCCAUCUCUCUCUGUAUUUGUGGCCAUUUCAUGGGUGCCAGAGCUGUUUCCUGUAGGCAGAGGCAGGGGUGUCAGCUCAUUCUCAGAGGGGAGAAGGUACAGAAAGCCCUAGCCUCCUGCCUUUUCUCCUUUGUGCUUUUGUCCAAGUAACCUGUUUGCACUUUGGCCACCAGCUGAUGCCCGUUUGUGGUCGAGGCUCUAAGCCUGAAAGUCCCUCUAUCUCUCUAUUGCUGUUGCCUAGCCUGGUGUCCUUCAGCCCUUACAGCUAACACCUCCCCUCACAGACUGUAAGUGGUCACUCAGCUCUGCAUAGCCAGGAGCAAGCUGAAACACUAGUUAGAGCCUUUGUGUCUUUGUAUGACAGGACAGCACACUCUUGAAUGUAGCAGGGCUACUACUUUAGGACACUUAGGAAAUUAACAAAGAACAGUUUGAGCUCCUGUGCUUUGCAAAGCUUGUGCAUGAGCAUGUGACAGCCCAAGAUCACGGGCUGCAGAUCACCACUGGCUGUGCUUGCAGGUGCCAAACACUUUAUGUAAACAGCAAAGUUCCCUGAAAUUGCAGGGGUGCUGCUUUAUUCUUCUCUUUUCACAACUGGCACAGUUUGAGCUGUGCCUUUAACAGGCUUGCAGAGAGAAGGAUAAUGCCAGUGAAAACAGCUGGAGUGUUUUCCAUAAGAGGAGUGCCUUUGUCACACAAACAAAUCCCCUACUGCUCUCUUUGCUGACAUCAGCCACCUCACCAACAUAACAACAAAAACUGCAUAUUUGAUGAAACAUUCAGGUCUCAGAAAAAGAGAAGUGCCCAAGUUUGCACAGUAGGAGAGAGCUGAACUACCUCAAAUACCCUCAACUCUUACAGCACAGAAAAGAAACAUGCAAAAAGUCAGUGCAUGUGAAAGUGGCCUUGUAUCUCCUUACUUGCUGAUUAUUUGUUCAAGUGCUUUUAUUGAAAAUUAGCUUUAAAAGACUUACUCUGUCACAGAAUUCAGAUGAAAUAUUUCUUGCCUCAUUUGAGUUUUAAUAAGGGGCACUUAUUGCAUCCUAGUCCUCCAAUUCCUUGUCCGUACAGGCAGAACAGGAAACUGAAUUGCAUCCUCUAAAUUUAAGAAAAGUUAUUGAGACAUUCUACUUGCAUAGAGAUAGUAAAAAUACAUUUUAAACUUGUGAUAAUUGCCCCUGAGUGAAGAACCAUUGUACAGAGUUAAGUAAAAUCUAGCGGUUAACACAUGUUGUUUUGCUAGCAUGAGGUGGAACAACAAAUAAAAUUAUUUAGAGAAAUACUAAGUAUAGGGUCUUUAGAGAUUUUAGUGUGUCUGGAGCAGGGGAAGAUGUAGGAGCUUGAGUGGACAGUUUAGUGUGUUAAGAUGUCCUACCUGAGUAGCCCUUCUGCUUUAAAAUUUUCCCACUCUGGCAAUCAGAAUAUAGCAGUCUUUAUCAAACCAAGGACUAUGUACUAGUUACAGGUGUAUUAAAAAAAAAAAAAAAAGGAAAAAAAAAGAAAAAAAAAAAAAGAAGAAACAUAGCUGUAGUGAAUAGUAUUGAUUUUGUUGUGCAGGGAUGAAAAUAUAUAGAUGUGCAAACCAUGAAAAAUAGAAGAUUUCUUCUGAAAAUCUUCUUUGCUGCUAUGA